CGGGCACCAGAGAGCUGCAAGAACCUCUAUAGUGGACGUGACUAGAAUUGUAUGUUCCUACAAUCGAUACGACGGUCUGCAAUGAGUGCAACUACUACGUCUGCUCCGUUCUCUAGGGCGGUCGUGAGGGCCAUGCAAAAGCUCUACCCGAAGGCUCUUGCAGACAACUCGUGGGAUAACACUGGGUUGCUCUUGGAAGCACCGUUUGUCCCGUCCCGUCGCCAGUCGAACAACGUCCUUCUCACAAUCGACCUCACGAAGGCCGUUGCAGAUGAAGCAAUUGCGUUCAACUCUUCAAUUAUAAUCGCAUACCACCCGAUCAUAUUCAGGGGCUUGAAGUCCCUCACGUUUGCGAACACACAGCAACAAACGCUACUGCGCCUUGCUAGCCACGGCAUCAGUGUAUACAGUCCCCACACAGCUGUUGAUGCAGCGCCAGGAGGACUUGGAGACUGGUUAGCAGACAUAGUCACAGGUACCAAUACGAGCUACGAUAAGUCGAGGUCAGCAUCCGAACCCGAAGAUGUCAGGAAGGAGCGCGAGGAGGACCCCUUCGUCGAGAAGAAGCGCCCAACCUACACAUUGAACCACCACCCCAGUCAAACCACGCUACGACUCGAAAAGCUACCUUCCACCACUACGGUCCCGCACACGCGCCGUCCAGUCGUUCCGCAGUCGCCAGAACUGGCAUCGCAUCCUGGCGCAGGCAUGGGCCGGAUCGUGCAGUUCAACCAACCUCAGCCGCUACCUAUCUUACUAGAUCGCGUAGGCAAAGGCCUCAAUAAUCCUAAAGGCUUCCCGAUCGCCAUCCCACAAGACCAGAGCAUCUCCGAUAUAAGCAUACGAAGUGUGGGUAUCUGUGCAGGCUCAGGCGCAUCGCUACUCGGCAACUUGGAUGUUGAUCUACUGUUUACGGGGGAGAUGGGCCACCACGAAGCGCUUGCGGCGAUCGAGAAGGGGCAGGUGGUUAUUAGCUUGUUCCAUAGCAAUUCUGAGCGAGGGUUCUUGGCGGAAGUACUGCUCGGGCAAUUGGAGGAUACUGUGCGGGAAGAGUGGUCAAAGGUGAGAGAAGAGGAGAAAGGCAACGAGGAGUUGAAAGAGGCGUUUGCCGAGGAAGACUUCGAGAUUGCGGUCAGUGAGGUGGAUCGGGACCCGUACGGAAUCGUAGUGUUGAAGAGCGAGGCGGAAUAGGCGUUAGCUGCGCAGAACACGAUCCCAGGGAAUUACGAGAGGUCUAAGGUAUCGACGAGCAUCUUACCAAGGAGAGCAAGUCGAGAACUCCGCGUUGGUCUCGGCAAUAUAGAUACACGCGGUAGUCCGCUCACCGUCGGAGCACUGCCCCGCUCUGGCUCCACCCAACAAAGCAAAUUCUUUUUAGCCGACCCAUGUGAAACACCACCCAGUCAACUCC